GAAUCAUCUCUCUCAUUGAUUGAUUCAUUCUUUGAGUCGAAAUUCACGGUGUUACGGGGUCUAGGGCUGAUGGGCGCGGCGGGGUCCAAACUCGAGAAAGCUCUCGGCGACCAGUUCCCGGAAGGAGAACGAUACUUUGGAUUCGAAAACUUCGGCAACACUUGUUACUGUAACAGUGUUUUGCAGGCUCUUUAUUUUUGUGCUCCCUUUCGUGAACAAUUGCUUCAACAUUAUGCAAAUAAUAAAGCUGAUGCUGAGGACAAUCUCUUGACCUGCCUGGCUGACUUAUUUUCGCAGAUAAGUUCCCAGAAGAAGAAAACAGGAGUUAUUGCUCCCAAGCGCUUUGUACAGAGGUUGAAGAAACAAAAUGAGCUUUUCCGGAGUUAUAUGCAUCAGGAUGCACAUGAGUUCCUGAAUUAUUUGCUGAAUGAACUUGUUGAGAUCUUAGAGAAAGAGGUACAAGGUACAACAACGGACAAUGCAACUUCAUCAUCUCCUGAAAAGAUUGCAAAUGGACUGAAAGUUCCCCAGGAAAAUGGUGUUCAUAAAGAGCCAAUUGUUACUUGGGUGCACAAGAUUUUUCAGGGUAUACUUACCAACGAGACUAGGUGUCUGCGGUGUGAGACAGUAACAGCAAGGGACGAAACUUUCCUAGACCUGAGCCUUGAUAUUGAACAGAACAGUUCGAUAACUAGCUGUUUGAAAAACUUCAGCUCCACAGAGACUCUACAUGCUGAAGACAAAUUUUUCUGUGAUAAAUGCUGCAGUUUACAAGAAGCGCAGAAGAGAAUGAAGAUCAAGAAACCGCCACACAUCUUAGUUAUACAUCUGAAACGGUUUAAAUAUAUUGAACAGUUGGGCCGUUACAAGAAGUUAUCUUACAGAGUCGUCUUCCCUCUAGAACUGAAACUCAGCAAUACAGUGGAAGAAUAUGUGGACAUUGAGUACUCUCUCUUUGCAGUCGUGGUUCAUGUCGGAAGUGGACCCAACCAUGGUCAUUAUGUUAGCCUCGUGAAAUCGCAUAACCAUUGGCUCUUCUUUGAUGAUGAGAGUGUUGAAAUGAUUGAAGAAUCUGCUGUCCAAACAUUCUUCGGUUCAUCGCAAGAGUACUCAAGCAAUACUGACCAUGGCUACAUCUUGUUAUACGAGAGCCUCGGAACAAGAUAAGAGAAAAAGGGCUUUUAGUCAUUUGACAAGAACCUAACCUCUCUCCUCUCGUGUCUCUCUUCCAAGCUAUUUUGUGACUUGCAAAGAAAAACUCAAGUUUCCUUUAACGCCAAAGACAGAAAGUUUGUAUACUUAAUGGAAACCAACCAUGUACAGUUUUAACUACAAGGUUACUAUUUUGGUUAUAUAAGUUUGAUUUAUGUUUCAAAUAUAUCAUUUAAAUUAGAGUAAUGAAUGCAGUUACAGAAU